AUGAUAACCAUCAGCUGCUGCUUCCCUUACACUGCAUCACAGCUUCUCGAUGAAACCACACCAGCUCCGCUGUCCCAACCGAGCUGUGAAUUCCAGGAUGUUCUCUAUGGCGUAGGGAGCUUGGUGCGGAAGUACGAUAUAUGUAGGGAGUGUGUGUGUCAGGUACCAGUGCUGGGAGGGCAACCAAAGAUCGUCUGUCCCGUCGCUAAGGUUUGCCAGAAUCGCAUUGAUGAAUGCCCCACUGGAGCGUCUACGAUGUGGCUGAUUUGUAAAUGUCCUUAUUGUUACAAAGAUCCUUUCAUUAUACACACGUACACAACAUCUCCGACUUACUACUACCAGUAUCAUCCUGUUGCCUUGGCAACCAACCGCAUCGUUGUCCACAUCGAGGCAACCAAUGAUGCCUAUCUGGCAUUCUCUGCCGAGCCCCGAGAUUUGCCGAAAAUGUACGAGAUUGUCUUGGGUGGUUGGCAGAACAAGUACAGCGUGUUGCGUCGAUGCAAACAGUGUCGGGUCCUUGCCUGGGCCCCGACCAAUGGAAUUCUCCCCAACAAAGUGGAUCAAUCCUUCUGGAUAAGGUUCGAUGAUGGCGUAGUUGCGAUUGGCCUUACUGGAUUCCCGUCUUUGUUUCAGUAUCAUGACCCUGACCCUCUACCUGUGCGUUACGUUGGGUUCGCAACCAGACUAGGAAGCGCCGGAACGUUCCGUUUCAUCGAUAUGGACGCUAUCGAACACAUCACAGUCAACUUUGAGCCAAGUGGAGAUUUUACUGGAUGUUCGCCUGUUGUGACGGUUGAUGAAAAAAGUUCCCCGACUGUCAUGCCUGGCCCGGUUCCAUCUAACUUCGUUUUUCUGUACAUUAGCUCCAACACCGAUGUCAUCGUUUCGCUAUCAAACGACAAAGACCCGAGCGGCUCCGAAACGUAUCGCAUUUUAAUUGGUCACGGCACUGGGGUCCGCUCGUCCAUCGUUUAUUGCAGUGAAGAAGAUCAGCGCUGUGCGGAGGUCUUCUCCGCCGAAACAUUCAAUUUGCUCGGGCAAGACCGCAUGUACGGAUUUUGGCUCGACGCUGGUCAGACAGCAGAGGGCGCUAUUACAUUUGGCCGCGAAGGGCAUCCAGCGUUUUUGAGCUUUCGUCCAGAAAUAAAUCUACUUAGAGAAGGUUUUCAUGUAUCUAUCUCUGUCCAUCAUACUGGCUUGGCAAAUGUUAUCAUUUGUUAA